AUGACCGAAUCCCGUUCAUUCGCAUUGCGCAACACACAACCGCUGACGCGGUCCAACCUUUGGAUAUCUCGCUUGUCCUUCCUCGCCCUCCAUGCUCUCUACUGCGCCACCGCAACCCAUGCUGCCACGACCACAGUCUGGGCCACCCCUCACGACAGCUACUCCUCCUCGAUCGGCGUUCUCGGCUGCAAAGUCGAUACCGAUCGCAUUGCCUAUUGGCCCGGUUCGGUUGACUGCAACAACCUCUGCGUCUCUCUCUCUUACGGCGACCGUACCGUGAAGCUCCUGCGCGUCGACCAAUCCCAGGGCGCUCACGACAUCAGCUACGAUGCCUGGAACUAUCUUGUCACGGGCCACGGGGCCAACGAUCGGCCGGCCGUCGGUGGGCCCAUCGAAAUGCAGGCGGAGGAGUUGGACGCUUCCGAGUGCAAGGACUUGAUCCACACAGAGGGACACAAGCUUCCGCUGUCGGCGGCCAACAGCAUGAACUUCUUGGCGAGCUGCCUCGACCACAAGGACGGCAGCUGGGUGGGCGAAAACCACAUUCUUUACAACAUUCUCGACUCGAUUUGCACGUGGGGAUAUGACGAGCCGUGCGAGCUGAACUGGCCAAGUGAGAACCAAGCUCAGUGCAAGCAUGCUUUGGGCACGCCGAAUCCGCUAAAGGAUGAUCCGGUCUACGAUAUCAAGUAUCCUUCGGGCAAUAAGGUUAUCGCUGGGUCGGGAGAAGUGGUGAAAACGGGAGGGACUCCGUGGGGCGAUGUGGGAGGGACUGGCCAGGAGAAUGCCGCUGCGGGAGGUCUGAUUGGGAGCAGUUCGGCGACACUUUUGAUUGCAUACGUAAACGUCCAACCAGACGCCGCAGCCCCAUGA